GCUUCAUAUGAACAAGUAGAGAACCCUUUAAGCCAUGCUGAGGCCGAGCACAGUUCUGUAUUUCACAUUUCUGAUUCAUGCAGUCGCAGCAUGCGAGUGGGGCAAACAUGGGAAGAAUUGUGACAAACGCUGCUCCAAAAACUGCCAGGUUAACCUACAGAGGAACCUCACACACUGUAACAAGGAGACAGGAGAGUGCUCCGAUGGCUGCAUCACUGGAUGGUAUGCUGCUCAAUGUGACCAACUUUGCAGCAAGAACUGCCUGGACAACGUCUGCAAUCACGUGAAUGGACACUGCGCAAAUGGAUGCAGUGGAAACCAAAAAGGGGAUUUCUGUGAGAUCACUAAAGACGUCAAGGUCAAAACAGAUGAAACAACAGGACUGUCAACGGCACACGUCGCAGUGAUCAUCACAGUCCCCCUUGUGGCAAUCAGUGUUAUCAUCGUCGUAACCGUCGUCAUAAAACGUCAAUACAACAGAAGAAAGUCAAACAGGAGGCCAACAGCUGUUACUGACCCUGAGAAUCCUGAAGAUGAGCCUUUACUGAGAGUACUGCAGUUGUAUUGA